CAAAUGAUUCAAAAUUCAGGCAUAAGUUGACUAACUUGAAAAGUAUUUUCAAACACAACGUUGCCGCUUAAUCGUUUCAAUUCUUCUCUAGUUUUAGUGUUUUCUUUAAUAUAUACUAUGUAUUGACCCAUUAUUGUACACCCGUACAUCUCUUCUCCAAAAAAAGACUUCCGGUUGUUUGUCACAUGAUUACACCCGGACCUCUUAACUCUUUUUCUCUUCAGGUCUUUUUUUUUUUCAACUCAUCUUAGGCAAGCUUGUAUUAUUUAACUAAUUAAUCAAAUUAUGAACGUCCAGGAUAGAAGAAGGCUUUUAGGACCUCCAAAUGCUAAAGUACCCAAAUUGGGACAGUCGUCCGACCCAAACAGCUCACAAGAACCAAUAGCUGAGUCUGAAAAAUCAAACGAUAUAAGAAAUUUUUUCAUUAAAACUGGUUUAAUCAAUAAUGCAAACGGUUCAUCGUAUUUUGAAAUUGACGAUACCAUAAUUGAAGUUGGUGUUUUCGGUCCAAGACCAAUCAGAGGGUCUUUCAUUGAUCGUGCUUCGUUCAGUGUUGAAUGUAAGUUUCUACCAUAUAUCAAUCAACCAAUGAGUCAAAUUUUUAAUAACCAAGAUAAAUCCCAUUUAUCAAAUAUUGAAACAAAAAUAUCAACUUAUGUUGAAACUGCUUUAUUAAGUUCUAUCUUAUUAGAGAAAUAUCCAAAAUCAACCAUCGAUAUCUUUAUUAAUGUCAUAUCUUUUAACUCAAGUAAAAACUCUUUAUUGAACUUAAUUAACUGGACUAUUAAUUCAAGUUCUGUUGCAUUAGUUAAUUCUGGUAUUGAAUUAAAGGAUUUGGUUACUAGUGGUCAAGUUAUUUAUAAUGAAAAAUCAGAAGAAUUAAGAAAAGAUUGUUCGAUAAUAAAUGAUGGAGAUAUAGAAUGUGUUGCAAGUUUUAUGAAUAUGAAAAAUAAUGAAAUUGUUGCAUUUUGGAUUGAAGGUGAUAAAAAUGAAAUUAAUGAAAAUAAAUUAAAUAACUUAAUUAAUGGCUGUAAUGAUAUGUCAAAAAUUAUAAGGCAGAAUAUCAAUUCUUACUUAUUAAACAAUUGA